ACUGCAUUAGAACACACAGUCCAAACGAACAAGCCACAUGCCUUUUGCUUUCUGUAACUUAAAUAGGAAAGUAGUUUUUGUCAGAGUACUGCAGCAAGAUCUAGAAUGAACAAGCCUAAAAUUGUUAGACCAGAGGAGAGUCAGCCAGCACAUGCACUGUGGUUUGACAGAAAGAAAUAUGUAACCAUCAACUUCAUAGUUCACCGACCUAAAGAAGUCCAGGUUGACAUCCAGCCAGAUAAAAUGAUCUUAUGCUGCAAAAAUGACACAGAUGACGUGAUUUACAACGAGCUGCACUUCUACGAGAAUGUUCAAAUUCAUGACUCCAGAGAAAGAGUCUACGACCGUACCAUCAAUAUCUUGCUAAGGAAGGUGAAGCCUGAUUAUUCAUGGCCUUAUCUCCAGAAGGAUCUGGCUAAGCCCAGCUGGAUUUCCGUAGACUUUGAUAACUGGAGGGACUGGGAGCAUGAAGAAGACGAGGGAAAGGAGGAGUUUGAUAGAUACAUGGAUAUAAUGAAAGACAUUUCUGCCAAUAAAGGAAAAGCACCAGAUAUGGGUGAUCUUGACUUUGUGACCUCGGUAGUGUCCUGCUGCCCAGCUGAGCUCAAACAUGAAGUCAAUGGAAAGAAAGAAAAACUCAAGGGCUUCAAUGUGAAGCUCCAAGACACCAUCUUGUUUCCUGAAGGAGGCGGCCAACCAGAUGACCACGGGCUGAUUGGAGAUGUCCCAGUCUUGAGGGUGACGAGGCAGGGACCUGACGCCGUGCACUUUGUGAGCUCACCUCUGGAGGUGGGUCAGGAGGUGCAGGUGAAGGUGGACUGGGAAAGGAGGUUUGACCACAUGCAGCAACACUCAGGUCAACAUUUGAUCUCGGUUUUGGCAGAGAACCUUUUUGGAUACGAGACCACAUCCUGGGAACUGGGGCGUCAGAGAGGGGUCAUUGAACUGGACACUCCCUCUGUGAAGCCUGCCCAGCUCCAGGCUCUGGAGGAAGCCUUAAACGAAAAGAUCAGACUCCAUAUCCCCGUCACCGUUCAGCUCCUCUCUAGAGAUGAUCCUUCUGUGGAAAAGGUGAGGAGUCGGGGGCUUCCAGACGACCUUGCAUGGCCGAUAAGGAUCAUCGAUAUCGAGGGUGUUGAUGCCAACAUGUGCUGCGGAACCCAUGUGUCCAACCUCAGUCACUUACAGGUUAUAAAGCUACAGGGAACUGAGAAAGGAAAGAAAAACAAAACAAACCUGAUCUUCCUGGUAGGAAACAGGGUUUUGAAGUAUGCCGAGAAAAGCCACAGCACAGAGCGAUCACUGGUGGCUCUCCUGAAUAAUGGACCCAAUGAGCACGUUCAGGUCGUUGAGAAGUUGCAGAAGUCUGUUAAACUACUACAAAAAACUAACGUGAGCCUGCUACGAGACAUGGCCGUCCUCAUCACCGAGAACUUUAAGAACAACCCCCAAAGAGGAAACUUCUUCAGCUUCCACAAGAAAGGCGGCGACCAUGAGUUUAUGAAUAUUAUUGCCAAUGAAAUAAACAUUGAGGAAACUUUGGUUUUCCUGACUGUUGGAGAGGAGAAGGGGCCCGCUUUGUUUCUCCUGGCUGGACCCAGUGGACAAGUGGCUGAGAUGGGCCCGCGGGUGUUGGAGAUGCUCCAAGGGAAGGGGGCCGGAAAAAAUGGACGUUUCCAAGGAAAAGUCAACAGCUUGGCUCGGAGAGGGGAGGUGGAGGCUCUCCUGCAGCAGCACUGCAAACAUCACACAUCAGAGGAAUAAUAGACUCAAUGUUUCAUGACAAAAACAUAUUUCUUUAGGCAAUAAUGAUAGCUAAUUUCUGUGAUAAUGUUCAUUACUGGAUCUUCUGUACAUAUGAUUCUCACGUGCAGUUUUUAUUGAUUUAGAAAUAGUCUGUCAAAUCUCAUUGCCAGUCUCAUUAAGUCCUUUUGUAUGUGGAGUCCGUAUUAAAUGUCUAGCUCAAGGCACCUCAAUGUUUAAUUUAACAGACGAUUAAACUUGUUUUUUUAUUAAAUUGCUGCUGCUCAUAUUGUUCAGCUUAUUAGACAAUAGACACCAGUUUAAUUAUUAUUUAUUUAAAAGACUUGUGAAAAUGUAAUAUACAAAAGACGGACACGGUAAACACGAGUAAAGUCUUAAUUUGUUUUUGGCACGAUUACGUUGACUAGAAACUCUUGUAUGUUGUAAUGCAACAGUCCUGUAAUAAAUACAGUGGUGAAACUUU